CGGUUUGACACGAUUCACGGUAAGUCGAUCGUGCGCCGCAGUUGUGCUCGAGCUAACGAGCGAGCAAGGUCGUUACAUAUUUUAAUUAUUUGUGUUCCAUUCGUGAGACUUGUUUCUGAUUUUCGUGUUAAUUAUUUUGUAUAUUAUAAAUCGAUCGGUGUGGAAAUGACAUUUAUACAAUCUCUUCGUUGAAAGAGCUACCUUUGGAAAGGCAGCCAAAGUCAGCCGUCAAUAUGAUGCAGGAGAUUUCAGACCAAUCUUCCAGGACAGUGCUCCUGAACACAUUCAUAGUGAAAAAGAAACGGUGCAGAGUCUACUUUCAUCGUGGCACACUCAUCUGGGAAACAGAGAAACCGCCAUACACAAGAUGGACGCUACCAAUGACCGACGUGCUCGCCGUUCGCUACGGUGAUGAUUGGAUACACGGGAUAAACUUUAAGGAGAAGCAACUGACAACGUCGCCUACGUCACCUACCGUGUGCCCGACGAAUUUCAUUCUCCACUACGCUGUGCACGGGCCAAAGAACAAAUGGAGCCAUCACAGCGUGACCAUGAGCCACACAGACCCGAGGCAAGUCGCCUCCUGGGUCAAGACCAUACGAAAUUACCUCAUGGGAUUAACCCAUCGUCCCAGAAAGAUCUUACUGUUCGUCAAUCCUUUUGGAGGGAAGAAGAAGGGUUUGAAGAUUUGGGAGAAGGAUGUGCAACCCUUGAUGACCAUUGCUGGGAUCGAAACGAAGAUGCUUGUUACAGAGAGGGUCAAUCAUAUCCGUGAUAUCCUCUUAAGUACAGAUCUUACAGAUUUCCACGCGGUAGUCUGCAUCGGUGGGGAUGGUACCCUCGCCGAGGUGAUCAACGGCCUUGUGCUGAGGACUUCGAGGGAUCGACAGAUCGACCCCAACAAUCCCGAGGCGAAUUUACCGACUCCUCGACUUCCGAUCGGCGUGAUACCCAGCGGAAGUACCGAUACGGUUGCUUAUAGCCUUCACGGAACCACGGAUGUGCAAACAGCGGCUAUACAUAUCAUCUUUGGCGACAGUGCCGGUCUUGACAUCUCCUCGGUUCACAAUGACCACACGUUGCUCAGGUUAUACGCAAGUAUGCUCAGUUACGGUUACCUGGGUGACGUGAUACGGGACAGCGAGAAGUUCCGGUGGAUGGGUCCCCAGAGAUACGAUUAUUCGGGUUUCAAGAAGAUCCUUGGGAAUAAAGGUUAUGAAGGUGAGAUUCAACUUCUUUCGGACCCUUGCCAUCCAGCGACCAGCACAAGGUGUACAAAAAACUGCACUAGAUGUCUGCAACACAUGCACAACAGCAAUUCGGAAAAAGAGAUAUCCAGAUGGAUGACUGUCAGAGGAAAAUUCUUCAUGGUAAAUGGUGCCAAUCUCGCGUGUGGUUGUGCCAGAAGUCCUAUGGGAUUCAGUCCCCAUUGUCAUAUUGGGGAUGGUUGCGUGGAUGUGAUUCUGGUUCGGCAUACUUCGCUCUUUAACAAUAUUAGGAUGUUGCUCAGGUUGUCCAGUAAACAGAAAACUCUGUACGAUCUACCCUUCGUGGAGGUGUACAGAGCGAGGGAGUUCACGUUCCGCGCCCUGCCCACCAUGCACAUGCACUCCGAUAGAGAGAUUAACAAUCGCUAUAUGAGUUCAAACCUGAGCGUGUGGAACUGUGAUGGCGAGGUGAUCGAUAACUCCAACGUGAAAAUCAGAGUACACUGCCAACUAGUGAACAUAUUCACGAGACGAGCUCAGGAACCAGUUCACGACCGGACAUGUUUCUGUUAAUGGCGAGUAGUCGGUCGAUCUGUUCUCCAAUAUCGUUUAAAGUAAGAACAAGACGAAAAUGCGUAUUUCCGCGAGACGCUACGGUAUUAAAAUCAUAGUUCCUUUGACUUGCCCUAAAUAUAAAUCGUAAUAACGAUAUAUCGCAUGAUGCGCGACGAUUAUGAAAAAUCGUCUCGAUCGGCGACGAAAGUUUCUAAAAUCUUUAAAAUUGAUAAUUAAAAUUUAGAAAUUUUCAAAGUUUUCAAACUAUAAAUCUUAAAAAUCACAACUCGCAAGAUAUCGUUAUUAGAAUGUCUGACUAUCGAUAGAAUAUUCUACUGAAUAUUUUACGUUAUAUCGACCGAGUUAUAACUAUUAAUUAAUCUAUAUUAUAAAAUUAAGAUUUGACACGAUUAAGAAGCACGUUCAAGAAAAAAGGAUACGAUAUUUUUUUUUAAGUUUGCACGAUAGUCGGCUAAUAUUUUCGCCUUUCUUAUUUUUAAAGUAUAGUCUGUAAUCGUCGAACAUUCCAUCGUCUCCACUAUGCGGCUCAGUCGAUAAGAACUUGUACUUACAAAAUUUUGUAUAACAAAAACCGGUGUUUUCCGGUAUUUUUUCGACAUUGUUGCACUGGUUGCGCAUUUUCGUACUUAAAAACACAUAUAUACACAAGCAAAUGCGAUUAUUGCAGAUUCGGUGCACAGAUGGUCUUUUUCCUGUACGAUAUUAUCAUUAGAACACCUAAGUCUUUUCGAUAGCGUUUGUUUAGAAAGAGAGUACAGUAUAAGCAACGUUCUUAUAACUCGAUCAAAUAUUUUUCAUCUGGAGAACAAGUAAAAAAAACGAAAAAAAGAAAUUAUGAAUAUUGAAGAGGAGAACAAAAUUUGAAAAAGAACGUAGUAAAGAAUGAAGUAUCUCUUCCGAUUUUCUAAGGUAACAAAAUGUUCAAUUGCUCUUUGGACAAGUUUAUAAACUAAUAUUCAAUAGAAUUUUUUCUUAAAUUUUUCAAGAUUUGAAAACUUUUUAAAGUAAUUAUAUAAAUAUUUUAAGAUAUUGAUAAAUCAUUCGAAGACAUUUUGAUCAAGCUGAUACCUGAUUUAAAUCAAUUGUUUCGUCUUCGAUAAGGUUAGAAUAAUGAUAUUUUCUUUACGAUAUCUAUAUAGACAAAAAAAGAAAGAGAAGAAUAUGUAUUUUCGUCAAAUAAGCACGAUUUUAAAAGAAUUUGCUGCGUCCUUAGAUAUAUAGAUACGUGAGGACUACAUGGCUGUUAGAGCUUUUAAGGUUAGAAUACUUCAGAGAAGUAUAGAGUGGCAUUGAUUUUAUCGAGAUAAGUAUUUCAAUCUGUUUAUUUAUAAUCUUAGAAAGAGUAGGAUCCGUGAAGAUCAAACAUAAUAAAUGACUUUUUUAUUGAGAAAUGCAUUCGAAUAUUAAUGCAUUUAUCGUUCUAUCGUUAUCUAUUAUUUAUGAAUAAUUUUCAAUCAUAUAUUUUCGUUGAUCGAUAAAAUUUAAGUUUGGUCAGAAUUUAAUGAAAACUUUUGUAUAUUUUUUUCUUAUAGUCAGCCAGGCGAGAGAAUAUGAUAGAACUAAAGUAUUUUUAUAUAUUUAAUACCGUGAUAGUUAAGAUAGUUCAGGUAGAGAGAAAAGUAGAAACAUGAAAGUCUUUUGAAACAAUGUGGCGCACCGUUUUAGAAUUAUAAUUUAAUUUUUCUUUUUUCUUUUCCGAUCUGAUUAUUUGCAGAUUGUAAAACAGAUACUGUGUAUCGUAACGAUAAAAGAUAAAAAGAAAUUUAUAAAAUUGCAAGAAGAAAGUUCGAAUAUAGCUGUGCAUCCCAUCAAUCCUUUGUUUUAUCAUAUUGAGCCGUAUUCAAGGAUGGAUGAAUAAUAUAUGAAUUCUAAUUUACGAUUCAUAAUGAUGUUACAGCACUGCUUAAAUAGCUAUUAAAGAAUAUCAUGAAGUGAAGGAUUAAAACAGCUAAAGCUCUGGAAAGAAAGUACUCUCAACGAUUGUAUCGAACGAAUCUUUCCCUUUGUACGGUCCGGUUGUAAUUAAAGAUGCGAACGACGAGUGGAAACUCUUUCCCUCGAUCUUUUCUAGUCUGUUGCGUUCGCGUCGAGACACACUUGCUCCGUCCUUGGUUUUUAGUAUCUGCAUUUCUAUUUUCAAGGGAUAGAAGUUUCCCUCGUCAAUCUUGCGUUAAUCUUGGAUAAAAUGUGAAAGAUACGAGGAAGAUAUAAAGAAAAGAGAGAGAGAGAGAGAGAAAAAGAGAAAUAUUUUUAUGGUAAUGUAAUUAAUAGCCUUUUUCUAGAGCUAAUGUUUUUUAUACGAUUAGUAUAAAACUAUGUUUAAAUUUUACAUUAUUUUUUGUGAUUUAUAUUUUUCUUCUUCUUUAUCUGUGAUAUAUUUUUUCUUAUUUGUUAAUUUUGCAUUUUCUGCUUUAGAAACAAAUAUUACAAAUAUUGCAAAGAAAGAAUAAUAUACAUUGUUCUUUGAUAGAUGAACUUUUAAAUUUCGUCCAAAACGUAUUUCUUUUUUUUUUUUUUUUUUGAAAAUCAAUGAUAGUUAGAAUAUUCGAUCAUGUGUUCUUCGAUUCUUUAACCUUUUAGGGUCUAAUCGAUGACACUUUUGGCUUAUGAUCUUUUUCGUUGCAACAGUAUUCUUUUUUUAAAAAAUUUCUUUCUUCUACGAGUUAGAAAUUAAUGACAACGAAAAAUUCUUCGGAAUUUUUUUUAUUUAAAAAUAGAUACUCGUAUUGUAAGAAACAAAGAUAGCGGACCAUAAGGGGUUAACGACCGACAGAUUCAAAAAAGAAAAUUAGCAAUUAGAUAGAGAUUAUUUUCUAGACGAGUGUGUCCAGGUUGUACAGAUAUAUAUAUAUACAUACAGAUAUAUAUAUACAUACAUAUAUAUAAAAAAAUAUAAAUAAAUAUGUAUAUAUCUAUAUUUUAAUUACGAAGUAUUUAUAUACAUAAAGCAGAAGAAAGAUAGUCGUGAAAGAAUCGCUUCCGAUAUGGCUGUAUCAACAACAAUUGUAUCAGAUUAUAUUCGUGAUGGUGCACCGAAUGUUAAGAUUGGCUGCGUAUAUUAUUAAUAAAUUGUACUUCACUUUUUCAA